AUGUCUCCCAAGGAUGCCAAGAAAACAGCCUUUCGAACACCCUAUGGAAAUUUCUACUACACGGUCAUGCCCUUCGGUCUCAAGAAUACCGGUGCUACCUACCAACAGGCCAUGACGGCAGUGUUUCAUGAUAUGAUGGGAAAAGAGGUGGAAGACUAUGUGGAUGACCUCGUAGUAAAAUCCAAAACCAGAGAAAGUCAUCAGGGAGUUCUGAGGCGUGUGCUGGAAAGGUGCCGGCUGUAUGGGUUAAAAAUGAACCCAAAGAAAUGCGCAUUCGGAGUCUCAUCCGGCAAGUUCCUGGGCUUUCAGGUACACCAGCGUGGUAUAGAUGUGGAUUCUGAGAAAACCAAAGCCAUAUGCUCUCUUGCACCACCUAAGAAUCCAAAGGAGUUGAAAAGUUUUAUGGGAAGAUUGUCAUACAUUCGGCGUUUUAUUCCAGGCCUUGCUGCAAUGAUGAGUGUUUUCACUCCUCUCCUUAAAAAAGGGAAGCCAUAUAUAUGGAGCCAGGGAUGCCAAGAAGCUUACCAACAGGUACAACAACUGAUCACCAAGCUGCCCACGAUGAGGGCACCUAUUCCAGGACUUCCACUCAAGCUUUACUUGGCUGCGACGAAUGCUGCGGUUGGAGCUUUGCUUGCGCAGGAUGGCCAUGACGGGGAGGAAAGCCCCGUUUAUUAUGUAAGCCAACAACUGAGAGGAGCUGAAGCAAGGUACCCAAAAACGGAACUCUUAUGCCUUGCUCUUGUCUAUGCUGCGCAGCGCUUGCGACACUACUUCCUCGCUCACAAGUUACAACUCAUAGUAAAGUCCGAUCCCGUAAGAUAUCUGCUCACAAGGCCGGUAUUAUCUGGUCGUCUCGCACGUUGGUUAUUACAGCUUUCCGAAUUUGAUAUCAUAUGCACAACUCCUAAGGCCAUCAAGGGACAAGCCGUGAUUGACAUGCUAGCUCUAUUCCCCGAAGUAGAAGGAUCAACCCUUUCCAAGGAAGUCCUGGGAGAGCUGCCGGAAAUGGUUGCUACUGUUACAGAGGAGGAGCCAUGGACCCUCUACUUUGAUGGGUCUUCCACAUCAAAAGGUGGAGGGGCAUGUGUCGUGCUCAUUAAUCCCAAUGGGCAAGCUACGGCUCUCUCAUUCAAGCUAGACUUUCCAUGCACGAAUAACGUGGCAGAAUACGAAGCUUUUAUUGUGGGAUUGUCCACAGCAAGAGAAAUGGGCACAGAAAAGGUGAAGAUCAUCGGCGAUUCGAACCUAGUACUAAGUCAAUUGCAAGGAAGCUUUGCGGUGAAGGAAGCAACCUUGGCACCAUAUCGGACAGCUGUUGAAAGGCUCAUUAAUUCCUUCAAGCAAAUUGUGAUGGAGCACAUUCCAGGAGCCACCAAUAGGUACGCUGAUGCUUUGGCCACAUUGGGAUCAAAGCACUCAUUUGUGCAAGAGCAGCCCAACAUCACCGUGAUAAGGAGAAGCACACCAGUGGUCGAAGCAAUGGCCUAG